AAGGCCGUAUCACACUGUAGGCUGGCGGUGGCGUUGGCGCUGGCGCUGGCGUUGGCGCGCUCCAGCCGACCAAUCAGCGCUCAGCAGUCGGCGCUGGGCGCUGGCGCUCGGAGAAUAGCCGAGCGUCUAUUUUCACGAACGCCAACGCCAGCGCCAUCCAAUCAGAUGCGAGCUCUCAGUCACGUGGCUCGAUCAGUUGCGCGCCAAACAACUCAGAGAGAACAAUAACACAAAAACAAGUCUGAACCUGUCGUGUCGUGAGCAAGUGGCUGAGCGGUGCAGCGUCUGAUUUCUGAUUUUUAUUUGAGUGAAUCAUGAGCAUGAGGGGGAAAAUGAAUGGCAAAAAGAAUAUUCUAACCAAAGAGCAAGAAGUAGAUUUAGUGAAGGAAGUUUAUAAGUAUGAAGUCUUGUGGGACUCCACCAAAGAAAUUUAUAGGAGGUCUGACUUGAAGAAUUUGGCUUGGGAGAAAGUAGCUAAAGAUUUGAAGCUGCCUGUUGAUGGUACUGUUCUGAGUAAUCGUUUCAAAAAUAUUAGAGAAACCUAUACCACUAACCUCAGGAAAGUGGAGAGCUCAAGAAGGAGUGGUAUUGCAACGACAGACGUAUUCAAGCCUACGUGGCAUUUGUAUGAAUACCUGGACUACCUGAGAAAUCCGAGUAAGCAGGCAGGCUCCUCCUCAAAUAUUGAAGAGCAGAUGAGUCUGUCUGAACCAAUUUUCGUGGAGGAAACCUCUGACGCAGACGCUGCACCGCCUAACAUGAAUGUUCAAUUUGCCUACGACAGUAGCUUGCAAAAGUGGGUAAUGCUGAACCAGCUGAACCAAAUUGCGGACAAGGAGGAUCAGGCUGCCCUCAACAUUGAAGAGGAGAACCUGACUGCAGCUUCGGUCCCAGCUGCAGACAUUUCCAUCUCAGAUACACCAUCGAGAAAGAGGCCCAGGACUGAAGCUUCAACUUCAAAUGGAGCACAAUCAGAAGAGGGUGGGUACUUCUUCCAGAAGAAGGGUGAAAAGAAGAAGGGGACCGAAAUUUUGCAGGAGGCUGUAAAAGCUCUAGGAGCACUGGCUUCGCAGCCAGUGCCAUCAUUUCCCAUUGAGGAAGCUGUCCAAGGCUCAGUCAGUGAAUUCUGCCGUUUCUUGGACAGUCAGUUGAAGGAGCUACCGGCUAACGAGAGGAAGGCAGCAGAAAAUAAUAUCAUGCGUGUGAUGAUGGAGUUUUAGUAGUUCCUAAGUUCUUAGCAAACCUUUGGCAAUCUUUGGCGUCAUUAUUGUUCCAAGUGAUUUUC